GAGGCUCAAACUAAUUCAAUUAUUUUGCAAGAUUAUCUUUGCAUUUUCUCAUCCUCUUUGUUGGGAUUUGUCAAACACAAUUAUUAAGGAUCGAUAUGCCAUAUGCCUCGAUGGCCUCUAGACGUGGCCCAUUACAAGCAUGUGGUGCUUCUAUGCUAGCCAUUGCCUUAAGCCUCUAUAAGAAAGCAACUGAGCUCCAUGGACCUAUAGGUUCGGUGACAAGACGACUAGCCAAGCUAGGUUCGAAGAUGGUUAGUCAGCCCUUGGUCUAUAUUGUUCUAUAUCCAUGGCUCGCGAUCCUUUUCAUUGUUGAUGACCUUAUCCUAUCGAUGGAGAAAAUGUUGGAGACUCGAUUCCCUCGAUUGCAACAUGUUUUUGACAAGAUUGAUAACUUGGUUGGUAAGGUAGAGAAUCUUCCUAAGGAGUUUGAGUAUGCCAUGAGAAAUUUUCCCGAGGAGAAGGAAAUCGAGGUUGAUACAAAUAGUGACAACAAUCAAAGUAACCAAAACAAAGUGUUACCAUCAUCUACACAAGAUGUUGUGAACACGGGAGAUAAUGUUCAUGUAGUUGGUGCCACUUGCGAAAAUAAUAAAGAUUCUUCCCAACAAGUUGGUAACAAGGAAGCGUCGAAGAAAGGGCAGAAGGAAAACAUUAGAAUUGAAGAGAAGUCACAAGGAGUUAAUAAAAAAGGUAUCAAGAAUAAAAAAGCUACUAAAGAUCACAAGAAGAAAGAUAUGGCAAAAGUCGAUUAUCAUCAAGAAACUCAUAAAACAAAACAUGAUAUUAAGACGGGAAAUAAGACAGAUGAUCAUCCUUUGUUGGAAAUCUUCGAAUUUGGUUGGGAAACUCCGAAAUCAACCAUGUCGCGGCGUAGAGCUUCAUACACAUAGUAGGGAUGAUGAUAGAUUUGUGAUAGAUUGUACGUAUAUGUAUAGUAGCUAAGAGCUUCGCCCCCUAAAAUGUAAUGGUGAAGUUAGAAAGAUACACCAAGUAUGGGAGUAGCUAUAAAUAUUGUAUUUAGGGUGAAAUAAAAAUUAUUGAUCACAAAGAAAUUAAAGAUAAAUCUAUCCAUAAUAUAGUU